AUGCCAUUGCCCACCAAACGGAUAGACUGGGAUCGUCCUCUGAAUGAUGAAUCCUUCAUCAUUAUGUCCGAACAAGCAAGAACAGGGCCUACCGCCCGUGUAGACACUGAAAAGCGAUGGUCGUUGUACAGAAAUCUUCUGCUGGAUGAUGAAAAGUGCAUCAACAUGUCACUCAGGGUGCACCCAUCGAACGCCCCCGUCAUGCUUGAUGGUUCGGCAUACUUCCACCCGCAUUACUCUCAUAUACCUCCAAAUACUCCAUGGGCCCACGUCAGACCACUUCUUGAAUGUACCAACAAAGUUGUUUACCUAGAAUGCGAGGCGAAAUCCUCGUUGAGCGUGUCCGGUGAGCUGCUACGAGAAUGGUUGCCUACCUUAAAUUGGUGGGCUAUGAAACGCGUCUUGCGGUGCUUGACUCGCUUCUCCUGGAGAAUUGUCGCCUCCGAGGAGAUCCAGUAUGUACCUAUGCACUGUUUGAACAAGAUUUGGCAACGGGUUUUUCAUCAUAGAUCCAGCCAACCCAAGCCGGGCUCACCUCGCUGCGUGCGUAGCCCUCCUCUGACGGCUCUCCAUGCUGUGAAAAGUAAGCAGUUCAUAGCACUAGUAAAUACUAUUUUACGAGAAUACUCGCUGGCAAUCUUACUUCCCCGCGCUGUGAAGUUAAAGAGCGGUACUACACCCUUUUCACUUACGCCCUUCAGGGAACAACAUCCUUCGGUAAACGGCACAACAAGACCCAUACACAAUGCAGACGUUGUGGCCAAGAAGAAAUGUUCCUCUUGUGGAUAUCCCGCCGCUAGAAUGAGACACUACAACUGGUCGGAAAAGGCUCGCCGCAGGCGGACCACAGGAACAGGAAGAAUGUUGCACAUGAAAAGCGUUCAUAGGCGAUUCAAGCAAGGUUUUCGUUCCGGUCCUCCGAAACCUGUAAACUUCUACUACCAAACGAAGGCGCUUGUAGCUCGGUGGGAAUACGUCAAAAGCAUGGUUGAAGUCAAUUUUGAUGACACAUUGUACACAACCAGCCAUUUUGGCCCGCUUCAGGGAAAAGCGAUUCGCACAACAUUGUUCUGUGGAACUAAUGCUGUUGACUGCAGAUCUCUGUUUAAUGUGUAG